AUGCCUGCUGGGAGAAGACGGGAUGGAGCCGGGUCAGGAGGCUGCGGGAUGGCGGCAGCGGCGGGGGCCCCAGGCCAGGCUCUACAGCCUGGGCUGCGGAUGAUGCUGGCGUGGGGCAUCCUCGUGCUGCUGGCAGGCCGGGGAGGCGCGGAGGCGUGCCCCGCUCCCUGCAGCUGCCAGGGGAACACGGUGGACUGUCACGGCCUGGGGAUCCACUCCGUGCCCAAAAACAUCCCCAGAGGGACUGAGAGGCUGGAUCUGAACGGAAACAACCUGACCGUCAUCACCAAGGCAGACUUCUCUGGUCUCAAACACCUCAGAGUCCUUCAUCUGAUGGAGAACCAGAUCAGUAACGUUGAGAGGGGAGCUUUGGAUGAGCUGAAGGAGCUGGAAAGACUUCGCCUGAACAAGAACCGUCUCAGCCAGCUGCCAGAGCUGCUGUUUCAGAAGAAUGAAGCCCUGUCUCGUCUGGACCUGAGUGAAAAUGCCAUCCAGGCCAUCCCAAGGAGGGCCUUCAGAGGGGCCACGGACCUCAAAAACCUUCAGCUGGAUAAAAACCACAUCAGCUGCAUAGAGGAGGGAGCGUUUAGAGCUCUGCGAUCUCUGGAAGUUCUCACACUGAACAACAACAACAUCAGCAGUAUUCCAGUCUCCAGUUUCAAUCACAUGCCGAAGCUCCGGACCUUCCGUCUCCACUCUAACUCUCUGCGUUGUGACUGUCACCUGGCCUGGUUGUCCCCGUGGCUGAGGCAGCGGCCGUCUUUGGGCCUCUACACCCAGUGCAGCUCCCCUCCCGCGCUGAGGGGCCUCAACCUCGCCGAGCUGCGCAAGAGCGACUUCGCCUGCUCAGGCCACGGUGGCAGCGCCUUCGUUCAGCCGUGCAGCCUGGCGUCCGGCUCCUGUCCCCCGAUGUGUUCCUGCAGCAACAACAUUGUGGACUGUCGAGGGAGGGGCCUCACCGCCAUCCCCGCCCACCUCCCCGAGGCCAUGACUGAGAUUCGUCUGGAGCAGAACGGCAUCAAGUCGGUUCCUCCGGGCGCCUUCACCUCCUACAAGAAGCUUCGGCGAAUAGACCUGAGUAACAACCAGAUAUCUGAGAUUGCUCCGGAUGCUUUCCACGGCCUCAGAGCUCUCAACUCCCUGGUUUUGUACGGUAAUAAGAUCACCGAGCUGCCCGGCGGAGUGUUUGAUGGCCUGGCCUCGCUGGAGCUGCUGCUGCUGAACGCCAAUAAGAUCCACUGCAUCAGAGCCACGGUGUUCAAAGAUCUGGAGAACCUGGCUCUGCUGUCGCUGUACGACAACAAGAUCCAGAGUCUGGCCAAAGGCACCUUCAGCUCACUGCACAGCAUCCAGACACUCCACCUGGCCCAGAACCCGUUUGUGUGUGACUGUAACGUGAAGUGGCUGGCCGACUUCCUACGGUCAAACCCCAUAGAGACCAGCGGAGCCCGCUGUGCCAGCCCCCGCCGCCUCGCCAACAAACGCAUCGCACAGAUCAAGAGCAAUAAGUUCCGAUGCUCCGCCAAAGAGCAGUACCACAUCCCAGGCACGGAAGACAGACGUCAGAGCUACGAGUGUAACAGUAAGCCGGUGUGUCCCGCUAAAUGUCGCUGUGAGGCGAAUGUGGUCGACUGCUCCAACCUCCGACUCACCAAGUUCCCCGAGCACCUGCCCUCCUCCACCGAAGAGCUACGUCUCAACAACAACGACCUCUCCGUGCUGGAGGCCACCGGAGCCUUCAAGGGCCUGUCGCAGCUCAAGAAGAUAAACCUGAGCAACAACAAGAUCUCGGAUAUUGAAGACGGAGCGUUUGAAGGUGCCUCCUCGGUGGUGGAGCUUCACCUGACAGCCAAUCACCUGGAGUCUGUCAGAGGGAGCAUGUUCAAAGGCAUGGAGGGUCUGCGCAUGCUGAUGCUGAGGAACAACAAGAUCAGCUGUAUCCAUAACGGCAGCUUCACGGGGCUGACCAACGUCAGGCUGCUCUCCCUCUACGACAACCAGCUGAGCACCAUCCUGCCCGGAGCCUUCGACACCCUGCCCAACCUGUCCACGCUGAACCUCCUGGCCAAUCCUUUUAACUGCGACUGCCGUCUCUCUUGGUUCGGGGCUUGGCUCCGGAGCAGACGAAUUGUGACGGGGAAUCCUCGCUGCCAGGGCCCCGCCUUCCUCCGAGAGAUCCCACUGCAGGACGUAGCUGUGCCCGACUUCCGCUGCGAGGAUGGCUCCGUGCUGGAGGACAGUAGCUGUGCUCCGGGGCCUCAGUGUCCCAGCCAGUGCACCUGUAUGGACACGGUGGUUCGCUGCAGCAACAAACACCUACAGGCUCUGCCCAGGGGGCUGCCCCGCAACGUCACCGAGCUGUAUCUGGAUGGAAACCAGUUCACCAGUGUUCCUAAAGAAUUAGCCACCUUCAAAUACCUGCAGCUCGUAGAUCUGAGCAACAAUAAAAUCAGCUCCCUGUCCGACGACUCCUUCUCCAACAUGAGCCAGCUCACCACACUCAUCCUCAGUUACAACUCACUGCGCUGUAUCCCUCCUCUGGCACUGGGCGGCCUGCGCUCUCUGAGGCUGCUUUCUCUCCAUGGCAACGACAUCUCCGAGCUGCAGCAGGGCAUCUUCAGCGACGUGGCCUCCCUGUCUCACCUAGCGAUUGGAGCCAACCCUCUGUACUGUGACUGCCGCCUGCUCUGGCUGUCAGACUGGGUGAAGAGCGGCUACAAGGAGCCCGGCAUCGCCCGCUGUGCCGGCCCCCGCGGCAUGGAAGGCAAGCUGCUGCUCACCACGCCCGCCGACAAGUUUCAGUGUCUGGGUCCUGUGGAGGCAUCUGUCCAGGCCAAGUGUAGUCCAUGUGUGUCGUCCCCCUGCCAGAACCAGGGCGUCUGCGAAGUCCACCACACACAACCCUACACCUGUACCUGCAAGGCCGGGUUCACGGGUAAACACUGUGAGACUCCAGUUGAUGCCUGUGUCAGUAAUCCCUGCACCAACGGAGGAACCUGCCUGAGCGACGAGCAGACCAGAGGGUUCAGCUGUGCGUGUGCAUUUGGUUUCCACGGCACUUUCUGCGAGGUGAAUGUGGAUGACUGCCAGGACCAUGGAUGUGAGAACGGCGCCACCUGUGUGGAUGGAGUUGGAAACUACACCUGCUUGUGUCCUCCGAACUACACAGGUCUGUUCUGUGAAGAAGAGGAGAGUGUGUGCUCUCCAGGUAGAAACCCCUGCCAGCAUCAGUCUACCUGUAUCAGCACUACUGCCGGCCCCAGGUGUGUGUGUAUCCCGGGCUGGGUGGGGCCAGACUGCAGCAUAGAUUAUAAUGAGUGUGUGGAUCACCGCUGUCGUAACGGAGCGCAGUGUGUGGACCAUCUGGAUGGCUACAGCUGUGUCUGUCCACAGGGAUACAGCGGGGAGUUUUGUGAGGUGGCUCUCACUCCCCCGUCACCCUGCCAGCUGGCGCCGUGUCAGAACGGCGCCCCCUGUGUGGAGAAGGUGGGGACCGCAGUGUGUCAGUGUCUGUCGGGAUUCGAGGGUCAGAGCUGCGAGAAGCUGGUCAGCGUCAACUUCGUGGACAGAGAUUCUUACGUUCAGCUUCAAGACAUCAAGAACUGGCCUCAAGCCAACAUCACGCUGCAGGUGUCAACAGCAGAGGACAACGGUAUCUUGCUUUAUAACGGAGACAACGAGCCAAUCGCAGUGGAGCUCCAUCAGGGUCACGUCAGGGUCACCUAUGACCCUGGGAACCAGCCCGCCACCGCUAUCUACAGCGCUGAGACCGUGAACGAUGGGCGUUUCCACACUGUAGAGCUGGUGACCUUUAACCGGAUGGUGAACCUGUCUGUGGACGGAGGAGAGCCAACGACUCUGGACAGUCAGGGCCGGAGCCAGCUGGUGACCGGGGAGGCCCCUCUGUAUGUGGGAGGUAUGCCAGAGGAGGUGAUGCCUGCCUCUCUGGGUCUCUCCUCUCAGACCCUCAAUAUGUCCAGUUUCCACGGCUGCAUCAGGAACCUUUACAUAAACCACGAGCUGCAGGAUUUCACCCGCAGCCACAUGAAGCCCGGGGUGGUGCCGGGCUGUCAGGCCUGCCGCAAACUCUACUGCCUCCACGGCAUCUGCCAGCCCAAUGCUGCACAGGGCCCCCAGUGUCACUGUCAGCCAGGCUGGACGGGACAACACUGUGACCAGCCAAUAACAGGGGGCCUUACUGGAGUGGAUGUUGUCACCACGGCAACUGGUGUCAACCCGUGCGAAGGCAGCAAGUGCGCGAAGGGUGUAUGCGUGGUGCUGGACGCACAGACGUACCGCUGCGACUGCGAGGACGGAUAUCGCGGCGCGCUGUGUAACCUGCAGGGGGAGCCGGCGGGGUCUUGUCAGGGCCUGCGGUGCCUGCACGGCCGCUGUCAGGAGACAGAGGAAGGACAGCGCUGCACCUGUGAGCAGGGAUACACCGGAGAGAGCUGUGAUAUAGAGUCCCCGUGUCGAGGUGAGCCGGUGAGAGACUACCACCGGCUGCAGCGCGGCACCGUCCUCUGCCAGACGUCCAAACCUUUCUCCUGGGUCGAAUGUCGGGGUCGGUGCCAGGCGGGCACCGAGCCGGGUGUCGCCGCCGCCGCCGCCGCCCCCUGCUGCGCUCCCCUGAGGGUCCGACGCCGGCGGCUCACCUUCGAGUGCGACGACGGGACCACGUUCACACAAGACGUGGAGAAGCCUGUGGAGUGUGGCUGCAAGGAGUGCGUGUAGUCCUGUGGAUGGGAUGGUGCGCACAUGCAGACACACGCACGCACGCACGCACACAUCCAAACACAACACACACACCAAGCUAAAGAGGUACACACACUGUAGGGAUUGUUUCACUGAUAAACAGACAUGUUCGGUGUUUGUUUCGUGUGUUUUUGCGCACAGACGCAGUUUUGUAUCAUAAGACAGUUCUUCCCUCUUGAGACAUGAAAUCAACGAGUCAACCUCAUCGUCAUCUUCCUCUUCUUCACCUGCCGCAGGAGAGCCUGUGCGCUAACUACCUAACUCCAGCUCUUUAUUAAUACUCGUGUGUUGAAAAGCCUCCGUAUGCCUUCUCCGUAUGUGUCUCUGAGGUGUGGCCGGUGAAGUGCUGCUCUUCGCGGGAAGGAAAGGUACUGAUCGAAGCUGUUUGUGAAUUAAAUGGUUUCACGGUUAAAUUUGACAUUUUAAAAACCACAGAUCUCCUCUCUCAGACUUCAUGUGCAGGUAUUUCCGAACAGUAACAGGAGACAGUCGACUGCAGACAUGCGUGCUCGGUUUGUUCUGUAAGUUGUGGCCGAGGCUGUUCGGCAGUCACAGGUGUCAGGUGUGUGCGUUUAAACGUGUGCUGACCUGACUUUAACCAGGCAGGUGAGACCCUCAACCUUUAAUCAGCGUCGGCAAAAUUUUAUGAAAUGAGCACAAACUCUGAGAUGCACAAUGUGUUGGGAUUCUUACAACACAACCACACAUCAGCCAGGCCAGAAAUACGAAUACAGGCUGGAACCAGUAGGACAAAAUUAAUACAUCAGAAGCAAAUGUCUGAUCUCAGUCAUGUUAAUCAGGACAGAGGAGUUCACUUAUUAUUUACAAAGGAACUGAUUUAAAUGGAGUAAAUUAAGGCUGUGACGUUUAUUUUAAGUAAAAAAAACAAAAAAAAAAACACUUUAAUUGAGAAUGAAACCUUUGCUCAUAGUAGAAAUCUUUAAACUGUGAAAUUGACCCAGGUCACUGAGUUUUAUGUGUACGGCCCUGCCCCUGCCCCUGCCUCAGAUGGUCAUCACCCACCUCCUCAAACCUCCUCUCUCACUGUUCGUCAGGUUGUACAGAGUUAAGUCAGAUUACAUUUUUACAUAAGACGCUCAUUUCAUCAGAUUUUACAAGGCCAGACGACUUAGUGUCUGUGAGGCUGAUGCUGCAGUUUGUUAGAAUCAGAUUUUAUCGUAAAUAUGCUGCUAACGUAAAAACUGAAAAUAGCUUCACAUCAGCCCCCCGAGUGGACGAGCAUGUCCACUGUCUCCCACUUGAUAAUACAGGCGGAGUCCAUCAUUAUUAUUAUUAUGUCUGUGGUCCAUGACAUUAAAUCAUCAGCCACCUGCUGUUUGAGAAGCGAGUUCACGUCUGCUGCUGUCGGUAAACAAACACUUCAUUUAACAUUCAGAAACUAAAAUGGACGUUGGGAGCAAACCGUCACCUUGUUCCGCUUCCUCUGACAAACCAUGAACACAGAUGAAAGGUCAAAGGUGACGGAGUUCACGGGGGACAGUCUUUCUCCCAGUUUAGACUGGGGGGGAGCUGGGAGUGUGUGUGUGUGUGUGUGUGUGUGUGUGCGUGUUCUUGUUCUUCUGUCUUUGUGAGGACUGUUCUUAUCAAACCUUGAGUCAGGUCGUUUUGUCCGUUCGUCACUUCGUCUCUGAGGGUUCAGAGCUGGUCGAGGUUGAGGCCAGGGCUCAGGAUUAAGCAUAAACACUUUCUCAGUGCUGUCGAAGAUCUCAAACUUCGUCAGAUAGUUCCUGAUUUAAACUAUGUUGACCAGUGCGUCUGCAGGUUUUUGCUGGUUAAUUACGAACCUUGUAUAUUUAACAGUUUUGUUUCAGAUUCAGGUUCUUUAGGUUUAAAAUUUUGGUUGAACAUGUAUUUUUCUUCUCUUUCCAUUGGCUCCCAUUCAUUUCUGUACAAUAUGAAUGAAAUCAGUGAACGUCAGGCCGGCAUUAUUUUUGUCAGAUUUUGUGUUGGAGAAGCCUGCGCUGCAUUACGUCUGUUGCCACAGUUAUUAUUAUUAUUAUUAUUAUUAUUAUUAAUGUUUUCGGGUUGUCCGUUCGUCCAUCAUGUUCUCGUGAACAUGAAAUCUCAGCCUCUGGGAACUUUCUUCAGAUUUGGCACCAACGUUCACUUGGACUCCAGGAUGAACUGAUUCGAUUUUACCGGUCAAAGGUCAAAGAUCCUCACAAAACAUGUUUUUUUUUUUUACACACACAUGAAGUGUUGAUAUUUUACAUCCCAAAGGUCAAAGUUCACUGUGAAAAUGUUCUGCAAAAAACAUUCCUGGCCAUUAUUCAACGCCACAACUCAGGAACAGAAGGCGAGGUUGUGACCAUAUUUCCUGACUGGAUGGCUGAGGCUCACACCCACAAGGCCGUAACUCGAGUUAUUAAUUAAUCUUAUAAUUAUUUAGUUGAUUAAUAGAUAAAUUGUUUGCCCAUAAAUUGUCUUUGUAUUAUCCCACGUCCUUGAUGAAGUCUUCAGAAGACAUUCAGCUCAGCGUGACAAAGAAAAACAUUAAAUUCACGUCUGAGAAGCUGAACGCAGCAAAUGUUUUUUGCAUCUCACAACAACGAUUUAACUUAAAGUUCACUGAGCGACCAAAUUUCAAGUCUCUGCCAAGAGUCUGUUAUGUUGCACGGAAAAGGACAGAGAGAAGUGGACGAAAGGAAAUAAUAAAACAAAUUUUAUUAAUGGUUGGAACUUCUGGUCCAUUAAAAAACAGGGUUUGUGGGAAAAAAAACAUGUUUAUAUUCCUCAAAAUAAGGUUUGUUAAGAUCAAGGUAUCAUUUUGUUCAGAACACAUUGUAUUGGCAAUAGCAUGGAAAAGUCUGAAACAGCAUACGAAUGAAGGUCCUCACAAGUACAGAAGUACAAAGACGUGUGUGUGUGUGUUGUGUGUGUCGUGUGUGUCGUGUGUGUGUGUGUCGUGUGACGCCUCCAACAACAAGACGCCGUCACUGAUAAUGAGCUUCACUACACGACGACGCCGUGUGUUUGUCCCGAUCAAACGCUUCCUCUCCCAUUUGUCAGAAGAGCCAGUGAACGCAUCAUACAAACGCCACACAGGAAAUGUAGCUUUUAUAUAUGAUGACAUGUAAUUUAUAUGGAUGUGAAACUAAAAUAAAAAAAGUGUGUAAUAUUAAGUUUUAACACGUUUUUGUUUGUUUUUUAGCCUUUGAGUUAAUUUUUUUCAUAAAGGCAGAGUCGUGUCAUGAAUCAGAAUUAAACUAAUGUAGCUAUUAUUAUUAUUAUUAUAACUGCAAUACAUCUACACACGGUAGCAGCCUAACAGAUUGUAAUAUAUAUUAUAAGCUUAUGAUGCAUUUGAUUUUGUCAUAGUAUUUUUAUAUGUUGAAGAUGAUGUUGUCUCUGUAUCAUCUGUAGACUGUAGAUAAAUCUUUGUUUUCAGAUGCCAAAAAAAAAAAAAAAAAAAGUUUCCAAACCAACAUUGCAUCAUCAUGGGAUUUUUCAAAAAAACAAAAAAACAAAAAACCAAAA